AUGUCCCGACUCCCUGACGAUCUUUUCUUCGACCUCGUGCGUGCAGAUGAGAUUGGGACUGCUCAUGAGCUUGAGGCGGCGGGGUACCCUCUGGAUGAAGCAGCUUCUCUUGACGCGUUGAAGUAUCGCCAAUCUGUCGCGCCUAAUUUCUUUCUGGGAGCCUAUCUCCCCAAUCCUCGCACCCUCAUCGGGUUCAUUGUGUCAACGCUCUCCCCGUCGCCGACGCUCACGCACCAUUCAAUGGAGGUACACGAACCAGAGCCGAAGCCCUCGUCCGUUUGCAUACACUCUGUCUGUGUCGCAUCCACAUAUCAUCGCCGCGGUAUAGCCCUCAAACUUCUUCAAGAAUACCUCGAGCGAAUGGAAAAGAUACUAGACGUUGCGCGAGUGCUUUUGAUAUGCAAGGCGCCUCUAAAACCCUUGUAUACGCGUGCGGGGUUUGCGGAAGUCGGUCCCAGUGCGGUUGUUCAUGGCCAGGACCCGUGGUUCGAAAUGCGCAAAGACUUCAACCGUGACCAGCCCCCUCAGGCUACUAUAUUAGCCGCACUUCAAUCACAGUCCACGCGUCCUAAAUCUGGACAGCGAGCAUAUGCGUCAUUUGAAGACCCGUUUAUUAAUUUGACAUACGAGGACCAAUCCGUCAGAUACAACACUUUCAAACUCACCUGCCCCCGCUCACAAUGUGGGAGCUUGAUCCUUUUGCGAGGCGUAGGCGUGUGGACUCCGGCUCAGAGAACCACGAUCUACCCAGAGAUCUUCGACUCCCCCAAUCCGACUUUCCAGUUCCAUUACCGGAAGAGCCAACAGGCUGGUGGCUCGUCAAGCCUUCCCCGAUGCAGUUCGAGAAUAUUGGGUUUUCACGCGCUGUGGGAGGAGAUGGAGGAAUCAAGUAUCUGA